GGCGCACAACUCUAGGGAUAAAGGGCCACUGUGUUCACCCAUUCUAACCGUAUACGGUAUUGCACGAACGUUUCCAUAUGCUACGCCUUCCUUAAUCUGCGGCCAGUAUUUGCCUAUUAAGACUGACUACAAUGCAUAAUAAGCUCAUAUAUUGCAGGAUGGCUGUUUGCUGACGUUUCUAAGGAGCACAGAGAAACACGCGCCGCAGUAAUGCCUUAUGAAGUUCACACCUAGGGAUUCUAUAAUGCCUGGUAUAUAACGACUAAAGCAUUGCGAAGAGGAGGCUGAGCUGAUUGCAGUAAUAUGGCGCCUAAGGCCAAGGCAGCUCCUCCUCCGCCCCCUCCGGAGCCGCUGGAGCCACCGCCCCCGGUGGGCCCUGCGCAAGAGCUGCAUGUCGUCCUCAAGGUCCGGAUGCGGCUCAAGCCCCCGGCGCCCGAGCCUCCACCCAAGGAUCCGCCGCCCGCACCGCCACCCCCCUCACCGCCGCCUCCAGAACCCGCCCCAGCCAAACCCGGCGGCAAAGCCCCGUCAAAAGCGGCCUCCAAAAAGCCCCCCACUCCCUUGUCGGCGAAGAAGGCCGCAGCAGCGGCUGCUGCCGCCGCUGCUGCGGAGGCCGCUGCAGCAGCAGCCGCAGCAGCCCUCGCCAAGCCCGUUGACCCCGCAACGCUUGUGCUAACCCUCAAGUACACCCCACUCGCUGGUUUGGAGCAGAGUGUGGGUCCCAUCAAACCAGUCAAAUCCGAAGUCCCGUCAGCAGCGACCCCGACCCCUGGGGACGCUCCCACAGCGGCGGCUGGGGCCGCUCCUGCUGCUGCUGCUCCUGCUGCUGCUGCAGCACACGGCAAAGCCGCCGCAGGUGCUCGCACACCCUCACCGGUACGCCCCGUAUCCGCCGUCGCACCCGCUACCUCCACCCCCGCCCCCGCCGCCGCGACCUCCACCUCCGUCGCCGCCGUCGCCGCAGCCAACAUGCCGUACGCCACCGUUGACGUCGAGCACCAUGUACGAAUCGUAGUCGACGAGGCUGCUGUACGCAACCUGGCGGCGGCGCACGGCCUCGUGGCGCUGUCGCUGACGCUGGCGACGCCGGCGCCGGAGGAGCCGCCUCCGCCGCCCAAGCGCGCUCUGGCCAGCAAGAGCAAGGCUGCGAUGGAGGUGCCACCGCCGCCCACCCCCAUGCGCUGCUACUCCGCGGUGCUAAUGCUGGACUGCAGCGGGAUGCUGGUGGGCGACACGACCGCGCGGGCGGUGUGGCCGGACAAGGCCAAGGGCAUGCCGCGGUCGCUGGAGGAGGUGGCGGAGGGGAUAGAGGCUGACAUCCAGCUGCUGAGUAUCCCCAAGCGGCCGCCGGCGCCGCCGCCCCCGCCCUCUCCGCCCAAGCCGGGUCGGCGCGCCGACGCCAAGAAGAAGGACGAGCCGCCGCCGCCCCCGCCGGAGCCCGACCUGAAGGACAUUCCCGGCAGCCCGCUGGGGCUGCUGCACCCGGAGCUCAUUCCGCUGCUGAACCCCAUCGUGGUCACCGUGCGGAAGGCCAAGAGCCUCCCCGCCGCGCCCGCCACUCGCGCCCAGCUGGACUCCCACUGCGCCCCGCCCGCCCUCUUCAUGCGCUGGCCGCCCGGGGCAACCCCGCGGGAGCAACCCGGCCUCGCGUCGCCCUGGCUCCUGCCAGACAACCCCAACCCAGGCGGCAUUGCGGCAGCGGCAGCGGCCGCAGCGGCGGCUAAUGCUGCGGCUGCAGCCGCUGCCGCCUCCGGCGGCAGCGGCGGCGGCGGAGACGCCGCCGCCGCCAGCGCCCCCCCUGCUCCGCCUCCCUCCUCCUCCCAGCUGCAGCUUCCCCCGGUGGUGCUGGCGGGUCCGGCGGGCGCCGCCAUGUCUCGCGUGCCGCCCUCCGCCGGCUCCCGCUUCAUCCUGUUCGGGCAGCCCGAGGUGUUCCUGGCAGGCGACCUGCCGGGUGGCGGCGAGGAGGCGCUGGCGCUGUGCCGCGAGUCGCCGCUGCUGGUGGAGGUGCACGACCGCACCGCCAUACCCGAGCCGCCGGAGUUCCCGCUGGUGGAGGACGACGGGGAG